AUGGCGACGCUAGGUUUCAACACGACUCGAAUCCAGACACCUUCACUUCCCAGAAUCCAUAGAUCAUCUUCUUUUACAAAACCCAUCAAAACCCAUCUCUUCUCUUCCGAAACCUUGUCGAAACAUGGACGUUUCGUCUCUCGAUCAUUACCAGAGAGCUCACUGUCGAUUACGAAAGAAGAGACAGUAAUCAAACAAGGGGAAGAAGAAAAUAACGAAGUAGAGGAAGAUGAUCCAACUUCGGAGCUGAGUUAUCUUGAUCCGGAAUCCGAUGCGGAGAGUAUAAAAGAGUGGGAAUUGGAUUUCUGCUCGAGGCCAAUUCUUGAUUCUAGAGGGAAGAAAAUUUGGGAGCUUGUGGUUUGCGAUGCUUCACUCUCGCUUCAAGUGACUAAAUACUUCCCAAACAAUGUCAUUAACAGUAUUACCCUCAAAGACGCCAUAGUUUCAAUCACUCAAGACUUGGGUGUUCCUCUCCCUGAGAAGAUUCGCUUCUUCAGGUCACAGAUGCAAACUAUUAUCUCAAAAGCUUGCAAAGAGCUUGCAAUAAAGGCAGUGCCUAGUAAACGGUGUCUGUCUCUGUUUCUGUGGUUGCAAGAACGUUAUGACACUGUGUACACGCGUCAUCCUGGUUUCCAAAAGGGAUCAUUGCCUCUUCUGUCUCUAGACAAUCCAUUUCCAAUGAAUCUACCGGAGAACUUGUUUGGGGAGAGAUGGGCAUUUGUUCAGUUACCUUACUCAGCUGUUAAAGAAGAGAUCUCAGACUUUGAGGAGAAGUUUGUGUUUGGUGCAAGCUUAGACUUGGAUUUGCUUGGCAUUGAAGUGGAUGAGAAUACACUGAUUCCGGGUCUCUCUGUUGCGACUUCACGGGCAAAACCUCUAGCUGCUUGGAUGAAUGGGCUUGAGGUAUGCUCGAUCGAAGCAGACAGUUCGAAAGGAUGUUUGAUUCUAUCUGUUGGGAUCUCGACAAGAUAUGUCUACGCAACCUACAAGAAAACACCUGUUACUACUGAUGAAGCUGAAGCUUGGGAAUCUGCAAAGAAAGCAAGUGGGGGUUUACAUUUUCUUGCAAUUCAAGAUGACUUAGAUUCUGAUGAUUGUGUUGGCUUUUGGCUUCUUAUUGAUUUGCCACCACCCCCUGUUUAA